AUGAGCACCUACCGCAUGCUGUUCAACUUCUUGUGGCGGAUUCAGCACCUGCACCACUCGCUGGCCUCCAUGUGGAAGAGGCACAUCGGCUAUUCGCGUCGGCAGAACCAAAACCGUCAGUUCUCGCUUGAGUCACUGCGCAAGUCAUCCCCCGCGCCGGCCAAAGAGAAGGAUGAAGACGACGAAGAAAUGGAAGACUACUACGCCGAUGAUAAGGAGACUGAGGGGCUGCUCCACCGAUGCCGCAUCCUCUCGCAGGAGAUGCUCUUCUUCCUGUCCAACGUGCAGGGCUUCUUCAUGAUGGAGGUGAUCGAACCCGCGUGGCAGCGAUUCCAAAACACGAUCGUCAACGAGUCAUCCAGUAUCGAGGACUUCAUCAAGUCGCACUCGGAGUUCCUCACGCAGAUCGUGGAGCGGUGUCUGCUUUCGCCCACCAACGACCAGUCAAAGUCCACCCUGGCCCUCAUGACCAGGAUCUUUGGCAUCAUCGCGCACUGGGUGGCCAUGCAGCGAUCCAUGCUCGGCAGCGGGCUCGAGCUCGACACCGACGCCGCCAAGAAGAAACAGAGCAAGAUCCACAGCACCGGUGCCGAGUACAAGCAGGCCGUGUCGGAGCUGCGCGUGCUGGUCACGCAGAUCACGAACGGCAACGCCGCGUCGUCGGUGUCCCUCCUCCACCUCCGGUUCCUGCUCGAGCGGCUCGACUUCAGCGGGUUCUAUCCGUCGCUCUCCCUCCCCGCCUCGACCUCGGCCUCGGCCGCCGCCGCCGUGCCCGCCACGCCCAUGGGCACCACCCACGACGCCGCGCGCGACGCCAAGCUCCGAGCAGCCGCCGCGGCCGCCAGAGACAAGAGGCCCACGAGCAGCUGA